AUGACCAAAAUUUAUGCAAUAAACACGGAUGUGAAAGAAGGCGAGGAAAAGCCAAAACAGCAGCAGGCGGAAGGCGAUGUGGCCGCACCAACCGUUCUACAGCCUGCUUUCUUCCCGAUCACUCUACCUAUUUCAUCAAUUGGUAUUUAUCACAUGCAUUUUACUUCCUUUUUUCUCAAAAUCCCACAUAGAUGA